AGAGAGAGAGAGAGAGAGAGAGAGAGAGAGAGAGAGAGAGAGAGAGAGAGAGAGAGAGAGAGAGAGAGAGAGAGAGAGAGAGAGAGAGAGCGGUGAGAGAGUGGGGGCGAGAGAGAGACUCAAAGAAAAACGCUCGGGAUUCCAACACGCAGCAGCGACACGCCUGCGACAGGAUUCGCUGGCUCACAAGCACAAGCAUCGGCUCAAGCACAGAGAGACAGCGCCGCCCACACGAUGCUGCUAUCGCUGCUCGGCGCUCCCUGGCUUGCGCCCGGCCCCUCCUCGGCGCGGCUCGCUUCGCCGGCAGCCAUGCAGCUCCAGGGCGGCUCGCUGCGCACCUGGCACUCUCCCGACCCGUGGGCGGAGGAGGGCGACUUCUUUCUCGGCACGGAAGGACGGCCGAUGGACGCAAAUGUCGAGCUCUGGUCGGGGCCGGACAACACGGCAUUUCGCAUGCGCGUGUAUGGCGAGAACGGCAACCUCCGCCCCGUUCGCGGCACAGUGGGGAUGCGGGGGCGGCACCCGAGGUCCAACGCGAUUGCCGUUCGCAAUGCCGGCCCACUCGAGUUUCCAAUGUCGGACGUCGGCGUCUUUGGAGGCGGGGCGGAGCAGCCGUCGAUCGAGUGCCUCGAGUCCGCCUCGACCGUGCAGGGCGGCUCUCUGAGGACGUACCCUGUCGGCCCUUACGUUGAUGCCGUGCAGGUGCUGCUCCGGAGCGACGGCCUUCCCGUCAAUGCGACCAUCGAGAUCGUGCAGGGCCCAAACACCAACCGGCAGGGCAUCGAGCUGUACACGGACGACGGGCGCGAGCGGCCCAUCUUUUACAUUCUCGAGACGCCCGGCUAUGGCAGCGUGGUCGAGGUGCGCAACACUGGCCCGCUGGAGUUCCCGAUUGCCGCCUCGGUCGUGCCGCACUCGGUCGGCAUGGCUGACGAAAGCUUCGGCGGAGGAGGAUACGGCCGAGGAGGCUACGGCGGCGGCGGUGGCGGCGGCUACGGCGGCGGCGGCGGCGGCGGCGGCGGCGGCCGCUACGGGGGAGGCCUGGGCGGGAUGCGCCCGAUGGGUGGCAUGGGCGGCGGCAUGACGAUGGGCGGCAUGAUGGGGAUGGGCCAGAUGGGCGGCGGCAUGGGAGGCAUGCCCCCCCCGCGCAACCGGGCCGAGGCGAGGAUGCAGGCCCGCGCAUUUGGGAUGGGCGGGGGAGAAGGGAGGGGAGGGGCGGGCUUCGGACCGGGCGGCAGAGGUGGGCCCCGCGGUAACUGGCAAGGUGGAGGCAUUCCGUUCCGUCCGCCGCCUCCGUACUAGCUGGUGCGGCUGUCGUGGGAGUGGGUUUUUGUGCGGUGUGCGCAGAGUGCCGUUGGCGCGGGCAGCGGGGGCACGAUACAUGGAUAUAAAUAAACAAAGACUUUUCAA